GAUGGACUAAACCUGAUACUAAACUUGUUAAGGAGCGACUUACUGAGUUAAUCAGUCUAGUUGAUUCUCUUACAGAAAUUAAGAAAGAGCAACAAGAUUGUUUCUUACGAAGAUGUUUGGCUGAAACUCUAAAUCCCAAUAAAUUAAAGAAUUCAAACUUAAUGAAUUUCUUUUGCAAAUAUUUACCUAAUACAGUCGAAAACGAAUUUAAUGACGCUUUCAACCUUUAUUCAAGUUUAAAAAAUCGAAACCUAUAA